ACACAUACUUGCAUUUUCGCAACAUAUGACCCUCGGACUAUGGAGAGCAGGACAAACAAAAAACAAAACAAAAAGAGAAAAACAAAACAAAAAACUCACACACUACUUUCUUACCAGUUUCUUCUCCUCGCUUCCUCUAUUCAAGUUCUUUCUCUCUGCCUCCUCUCUUUAGCUAACCUCUCAAAAGCUCAGUAUUGCUUUUGAUUAAUCUGUUCAGGCUCCAAUAAUAUUUGUGCUAACGUUUCUCUUUGAUGACAUGAUUAUCUGAUCUGCGUCUUCUUAACUUGUUAUUCAGAUCCUUGUUUUCAAUUUCUUUUGGCUUCUGCUACUUCACUGUUGGAAAAGCCAGUAAUAGAAAGCAGCCUAUUUGGUUCUUGGGUUUUUUUUAGUUUCUUGAUUGCUCUUAUCAGAUUGCGAGAAAUGGGUUUUGCCAAUAAGAUGCAGAAAGUGGAUAUUUGCUUUCAGAAAUUUUUCUAGUUUGGAAUUUUCUUCACGAGGUUUAUUUACUAUGGGUAGAGGUAGAGGUAAAGGGAAGAAACAAAGCGUUAUUGCUGUUCGUGAGGAUCCUGGAAGUGGUGAAGAGGAGAGGAUUCCACCAAACAGGAGAAGAGGAAGGCCACAUAAACCAUUAAAGGAAGAUAUUGGAGAAGGAGAAGAAGCUCAGAAGACAGAAGAUGUUGAGGAUGCAAAAAUUUAUGUUUCUAGCAAAGACAUGAAAAACCAAUCUGCCAUUGAGAAUGGAAGGAAAAGGAAGAGGUCUGCUCAGGUCAAAGAAAAUAUAAAAUCAGUCAAAGAGGAUAAAAACGUUGAAACAAAAUCAAGUCUUGAUGACUCGACAAAGUCUGUUGGAUUCCGACAAAAUGGGAGUAGGCGGAAAAACAAGCCUCACCGAGCUGCUGAAGCUGGUGUUCAGUGCAAAUGAGUUCAGUUUUGCUGUUGUGAUAGUUGCACACCUUCUUUGCCAUCAAUGGAUAAAUCAGAAGCGUGGAGAAAGGCUUUGUUGGUUCACCUAUCAUUCCUUAUAUUGCCUUCAUUAUAUGUUUUACAUUUCUUCUUUCUUUUGCGAACGGAUGAUUUUGAUUGUGAGGUUUUGAAAUAUUCGCUUGUGCCCUGCUAUUUGCUUCUGUUACUAGCCACAGACAUUUUCGUUAGCCCUACAAAAAAUUUCUCUGACAGCAUUCAUUUUACUUGAACUUAGAUGAGGUUGCCUUCAUUUUUCGUUCUUCA